AUGUGCUUCAGAUGGCCCAAGGUUCCUCACAAAGAUAUUGCAGAAUCAGAGAGAACUAUUACCGAGAAGGUGUUCAAAACACCUGACGCCACUGGAAAAAUAGGGCGCCAGUUCUACUUUGCCAUCAUUCGAAAGGAUGAUCCUCAUCAGAAGGUUAUCGGUGCCGUUGGUAUCAACUUCUUGGAUCCUGCUCCCUCGCUUGGAUAUGGCAUUCAUCCCGACUGUUGGGGCAAAGGAUUUGCUGGUGAAGCAGCGAGGGCAGUUGUCAACGCAUGGUGGCAGCUUGAUCGCAUGGGGUCGGACAAAGCAGGGAAAGAGAGACUCUACGCGGCGUGUAACCAGGCAAAUAUUGCAAGUGUGAAAGUGCUCUUGAGGGCUGGGUUCCGGAAAGUGAAAGAAAUUUCUAUAGAAGGUGACACUGUAGCUGUGUUUGACCAGACCAGGCCUUGUUGA